AAACAAGACGAUCGGAGGGAGUAGAAUAAUAAUAAUAACCGGUGUAGAAGAGAGUGAGUCUGUAUUAGAAAUUGAUCUAGAAGAAUAAGAAUCAAGAUCCUCUGUGACUGUGUUGAGCAGCAAUGGCGCUUUCAUCAGCAUUUCAUGAACGACUCGAACAAAUGGACCGCACACGAAUUCAACGUCUCUCCCUACUCCAGGCCGAGAAAGAAUUGCAAACUCAAAAAUCACGUAUUCUAGCUUCAAAACUUGCAAAUAUAAGAGCCUUGGAGCAAAGGUGCUGGCUGUUUGAUCGUAAAAUAGCAUCGCAGAAUUUCAACCUUCUGUCUCUCAAAUCUCAAAUUGAAAACCUCGAAGCCAAAUAUGAUUCCCUUUGGCAGGAAUUUAGGUCAAUGCAGAAUGAAGUGGAGGAGAUUGAAGAGUUGCACAAAAUGAAAGGUAGCUUUUAUGAAGCAAAGAAGAUGGAAAUGAAGGAAUUCAAGGAAAUGUCUGAUAAGUUUGUGGUGAAAUGUGAAUUGGAAGUUGAGACUUUGAGGAAUGGAGUCAAUGAGCUGAGGUCCUCUUUCACGGAUCUUAAAAGCAACAAAAGGAACUCAUGUAAUUCAGAGAUAGCUGCUGCUGAAGCGAGAAGGUUGAGACUGUUGGCUGAGAAGGAAAAUGUAUGUAGAUAUAUUGAAUCUAACCACCAAAUCAAAGCACAGUUGCAAAAUCAGGUUCAGAAUUUUCUGUGACCCAAGCACGGUCAAGAUAAGGGAAUGGAGUUAAAGACUACCUAGCUUUAGUAGUAACUUUUUUACAAAUAUAUUCUGAUGACAUAGCCCACCGAGGUUUAGCUCAGACUUCAUUCUCAAUUUCUUAGUUUGAGCUUUCAGGGGCUUAGCCAUUAACUCAAAAGAUUAUGUAUGAAAAAAGAAAGAAUAUUCUAAAGAGACAUGCUAAGGAGAGAGACAAACUGUAUCAGCUAACCUGUGUGACCAAAAGUCAUGCAACAAAACUUUGAUCAUGUUUGCACAGAUAGUUUUGUUUUUUAUAAUUUUUGAAAAGGGUUUGCACAGAUUGUUAAUUGUGCAUGGCAUCAGAGCACAUGCACUGCCACAGUGUAUCUAGCAUGAUUCAUACCACUAUUAGUGCAUAUGCAACCAUGCCACUCCACAACAGUAUGCAAGAGUCUUUUGCAUGUUGUACCUAUUUGGCCAUCUCUGCUCUGAUAUGUCAGUAGCUCCAAUAUUGGGAUCCAAUUCUCACUUCACAUUCCAAGAUUUGCAUGUAGCCUAGAUAACCAGAGCAACACAGACAGAAUACGAGCUUCCAGUACAAUAAAUCAUCUCAUUUGUUACUCAAUUCCCUGGUUCUUCUAGUAGCUAACCAGUUCCCUAUGUAACAAUUACUUUUUGAAACAGUUUCUCUAACUCAAAUUCUUUACCCUAUCCCUAGAAAACCAUUGUUUCUCCCCUAAUGUUUUGUUUGGUAAAAUUAGCGGAUAACUGAUAAUUUAUGGUUGAUGACCGAUAGUUUAUAGCCGAUGGCUAAUAAGUUAAUUUAAGCGUUUGGUAAAAUUAGUGAUUCAUAAUAAUAGGUUGUAUCCCAAAUUGUCUCCCACUUGUAAAGUUGUAAUCGUGAACAUGUCCAAGUUGAUUACCCAGAUUUAGCGCAAUCCACUCCUUGAAAUUAGACGAAUAGAAGUUGCCUCGUUGUUGUCCCUCCAACAAAAGGGAUUCCAGGUAUGAACUGCUAUCGGACAAUCCUGCAUUACAUGUAAGAUAUUUUCUUCAAAUUAGGGACAUAAUCCGCAACAAAAAUCUCAUAGGUGCCAUCUUGCGAUACACGACUUCAUGACCAGCCUGUCGUGACACAUCUGCCAAGCAAAGACUCUAAUCCGCUCCACAACAUCUAGCUUCCAUAUUUUACCCCACUAGUUAAAAUCUUCUAUCACUGGAGUGUUGAAAAAGAUUAUUUAAAAAUCACCUCACAGAUUUUUCUACGGAGACUAGUUAUCACUAAUGAUGGUACCAAUAUCAUUGUAACAACAAAAAAAAUUAGAAAUUAUAUACUAUCAAAUUUUUGGAGCAUAUGAGAAUAUGGAAGGAGAAUCUUAAAAACAAAAUCUUGUAAAAAAAAAAAAAACUUAAAAAA